UCGCUCCUGCGGCCGUCCUACUUCCGCAUCUCGCCCGAUUGAACCUCUGUCUCUCCCCCCACACCAACCAACCGCCACCAACCUUAGACAACUCUGGUUAAAGGAAGCGGUGGCACUUGUCCCCUACUUUUCCUUCGUGCAUCGUUCUAGUUUGGAUUUACUAUUUAAUUCGUCCCGAUCCUCUUUUACGUGGUCAACCUAAUAUUUUGAUCCACCAUUGCUUCAAACAAACACCAACACCAACUCAUCAACCGAUUAACUCAUCAACCGUCCUAUCGGUGUUUUGAUUUAUUCUUCCAACCUACCAAGUUUACAAUUCUGGUCAUUGACUUGUUACACAAUUUGUGGUAAUAGUGAAUGAGGUCGAAGACCGCAAACUAAUUCUAUUGGAAUCUUCUGCGUAAUGGGGUCUAUAGAAGCUGGAUUUAGACACAGGGAGCAUCUGCCAGCGAUCGGCUUUCUAGGCAAGGACGGGCCCGGAUUCCCUCCCAAACCGUCCUCCGUCGCGGCAUCACCGGCACCACUGCUUAGCCCCAGCAACAUGUAUCCGGGUCAACCUUUACCUUAUUCCUAUCCGUCGUCGAACACUAGCGCCCCAGGAUGUAUCUCGCCUUCGGAUUCGCGCCGUGCCCUCGAAGAGGAGAAGGAAAAAUCGCAAUCGCAAUCGCAACCGCAAAGACAGUCACUUCCCUCGAUUCACGAAGCGUUGGGAAACGAUAACCCCCUACCUUACCCAGCCCCUACUUCGGCGCCAUCCCAGCAGCCACCGCACACCCCUCAUACACCGCACCCCCUUUCGUCUAAUCUCAUCGCUCGACCGACGGGCGAGGGGCCUUCGGGUCCUCCGAAUCCAUUCUCCAAUGGCCCGUCGACGCCGUUCAGCCGGGAGGCUCCUUUCCCUGCCAAAUCACAACUGCAAACGGAGGCAUCGCGGUCGAGCUUGGUAUCGAUGAACACUCAGGAUUCGAGAAACCCUUCACUGCAUUCGCUCAACUCGGGGAAGUCGCCGACGCAAAGCACAAAGACGGGGAUUACGUCUAUCGGCGGCUCGCAGGCAGGGUCCGGCUACGAGUACAGCGCGCCUCCUUCGGCGGGUAGCGUGGCUUCUCCCAAUGGGUAUACUGCGUUUCCCCAACCAUAUGCGUUCCAGUCGCAACCCCCACCGAAUGCGCCUGCAUACCCUGGAGCAUACGAAUCGCGACCUUACGGUGGACCUUGGAAACCGGGCAUGCCAGAAACUGCACGUGUUGAGGAGGUUAAGGGGGCGUUUCCGGGUCGUGCGCCGAUGGCAGGACACCCGCACGGCGAAACGGUCAAACGGCAUUUGGACGCUUACGACAUGGAGGCGUCACUCAACGAGAUUGCGGAGAUGAGCAGCCGAACAUUGGAGUUCUCGCGGCACUACGCGGCUCGGGCACACCAAACCCAGCGAUCUGGUCCUGUUUUGGGCUCUUUGCCCUCUCUACACGAAGUUGAGGAUAUGAUGAACAUGCAGCGUCGGAAUCAAGAUGCGUUGAUGCGGAUACGAACCGCAGUAUUGAACCAGGAGCACGCCUUGGCGGAACAGAUGGCCCAAAGAAAGGCGUACAAGAUGGGUGGACCCGACGAUGACCACAUGGCGAUCUACCAGGAUGAAUUCAAGGGCAGUGGCGGAUUCGCCGGGGCGGAGUCGAAGAAGCGCCGAGGGAAAGCUGCCCCUCCAGGCCGUUGCCACAGCUGCAACCGAGCUGAAACGCCAGAAUGGCGCCGUGGUCCAGACGGAGCACGAACCUUGUGCAAUGCCUGCGGAUUACAUUAUGCGAAGUUGACGCGCAAGAUGGGUGCCAACAAAGCGACAUCCUUGGGUUCGAACCUGAAACCGAAGUCGGCACUGGACUCUGCAUCGCCGAGUAGCCAUUAAACUUUCAUUUGUGAUUUCUUUUUUUUUUU